AUGCCAUCAUCCUCUACUCCAGUCUCGGCCAACGUUGCGACUCACCGUGGCUCCAACAACAACAAUAACUUCCGCAGGCAGAACCAUUCCAACAACAACCGUGGGAACCAAACUUGGCAACAACAGCAGCAGUUUCAACCUCACCAAGACAACUAUCCUCCACGGGGAUACCAAGGAAGGUGUCAGAUUUGUGGCGUACACGGCCACAGUGCAAGGCGUUGCUCCCAAAUUAACCUCUCCGGUGGAUUUCUUGGAACUCAGCCACGCCCACAACAACCAACCUCUGCUCCAUGGCAGCCGCGAGCGAACUUGGCAUCUACCCCGACAUACAACGCCAACAAUUGGGUGAUGGACAGUGGUGCCACUCACCACUUGACCACGGACCUGAGCAACUUAUCGCUCCAUCAGCCGUAUCUUGGUGGCGAGGAGGUCACCAUAGCCGACGGUACAAAUCUCCAUAUCUCGCAUACUGGUUCAAGCCAACUUCCUACUCUAUCUAAACCUUUAACACUUACUGAUGUUCUCUAUGUUCCCGACCUCAAAAAGAACCUAAUUUCCGUUUAUCGUUUGUGUAAUGCUAACCGUGUGUCUGUGGAAUUCUUCCCGGCUUCGUUUCAGGUGAAGGACCUCAGCACGGGGGCCCGAUUGCUCCAAGGCAAGACUAAAGAUGAGCUGUACGAGUGGCCGGUUACACCCAAACCCAUCUUCUCUCUUGCGGCCUCACCUACACCUAAAACAGAUCUCACAAACGGCAUUUCACAUCUCACCUCUCCACCGCAUACUCCAGAACACAAUGGCAUCUCCGAGAGGAAACACCGCCGCAUCGUUGAAACAUGGUUGACUCUUCUCAGCAAAUCCACCAUGCCGAAAAGCUACUGGCCGUUUGCGUUCUCCACGGGGGUCUACUUAAUCAAUCGCUUGCCCACCGCAGUUCUCGGCAACGAAUCUCCGUACCAUAAGCUGUUUCAACAACAACCCAACUACCUGAAGCUUCGCGUGUUUGGGUGCUCUUGUUUUCCAUGGUUGAGACCAUACACUAAACAUAAACUGGAGGAUCGUUCCAUCAACUGUGUGUUCAUCGGCUACUCCUUAACCCAAAGUGCAUACUUAUGCCUCGACAGAGCCACCGGACGCAUCUACACAUCUCGUCAUGUGACUUUUGAUGAAACCACUUUUCCCUUCUCCACCACUUCCAAUCCCAUUCCGACAUCGCUCUCUGACUCUCCGAUUACUCACGCCCCAGCCACAAUCAUACCUCACCGACCACCACCACUCGCUCCAGCUCACCCGCAGAUCUCGCCGGAGUCGUCGUCCUCAAGCUCCGGUUCUCACCUGUCUUCGUCGUCGGACGCUCCACCUUAA